AGCAGAAACAAACAUUUUGAAGUAUGUGCAGAUGAAGUAUUUUGCCCAAGAAUUUAAAGACUUGAAUUCAAGUGAAAAUGGAGUUGUGAAAAGGUCAUCAAAACUAGCCAAGUUAGACCCAAUUGUUCAUAAUGGAGUUCUACGUGUAGGCGGUAGACUUAAGAAACUGGAUACAACUCUAAACAGUAAACAUCAAAUAAUUAUUCCUAAAGAGUCUGUAUUAGCCAGAUUGAUAGCAGAGGAAGCACAUAAAUCUGUCGGACACUUGGGGAAAAAUUCAACGCUGGCACGUAUCCGUGAGAAAUAUUGGAUUCUUGGUGUGUCAUCAAUUGUGAAGUCAAUCAUUUCCAGAUGCGUUAUAUGCAGAAAAUAUCAGGCACCUGCUUUGAAACAGAAAAUGGCUGACCUUCCCAGCGAGAGACUUAAAGCUGAUGACCCCCCCUUUACUCGAGUGGGCAUGGAUUAUUUUGGUCCGUUUGAGCUUAAAAGAGGAAGAAGCAUAGUAAAACGAUACGGUGUCAUAUUUACUUGCCUAUCUUCUCGAGCUGUACAUUUAGAGGUUGCCUUUUCCUUGGAUACAGACUCCUGUAUUGACGCCAUUCGAAGGCUUAUUGCACGACGAGGAAAACCAACUUAUAUACUGUCUGAUAAUGGAACAAAUCUGGUAGGAGCAGAACGUGAGCUAAGAACAGCACUGAAUUCCUGGAAUACGAACAGAAUUUCUAGUCAAUUAUUACAGUCAGGAAUUGAAUGGAGCUUUAAUCCACCAGCUGCGUCUCACUUCGGAGGAGUAUGGGAACGCCUCAUUAGGAUAGUCAGGAAAAUCAUGUAUUCUGUUCUGCAUGAACAAACGAUUCAUUUGGAUGAUGAGGGACUGUUAACCUUGUUUUGUGAAAUCGAAGCCAUCAUGAAUGGACGUCCUCUUACAGAAGCUUCAGAUGACCCAAAUGACCUUUUAGCACUAACGCCAAAUCAUAUAUUACUCAUGCGAUCAGGAGAGAGUUUUCCCCCUGGAAUUUUCCAUGCAUCGGACAACUACGCAAAACGUCGAUGGAAACAGAUACAGUACUUGGCUGAUGUGUUUUGGACGCGUUGGAUCAAAGAAUAUGUACCCCUUCUCCAACAGAGGCAGAAGUGGCUGAAGCAGGAAAGAAACUUACAAGAAGGUGAUUUAGUUCUCAUCGUGGAAAACACUCCAAGAAACACAUGGAAUCUCGGCAGAGUACUAGAAGUGAUAAAGGACAAGUAUGAUGUUGUGCGCGUUGCAAGGAUAAAGACAGUGUCUUCCAUUCUCACGCGACCUGUCACAAAGCUUUGUCUUCUUUUGGAAACAGAUUGUGAAAAAGAGAAAACAAAUCAGUGAACCUCCGUGCAGUUAAACGUAAAGUGAUUGAUCUCAUUUUAGAUGAUUGUUUUGUCCAUUUUUGAUUUAUUAAGAAAUAUGUUUUUGUAAAAACACAUUUAGGGGCCGGUGUAAUGGACAACCUGUAUAUUUUAUUUUGAAUUCCAAUUUAGUCCGUAACUUUCGAUUUCUGUAUUUUCCAAAUUUAUCCGAAUGAUACUUUACUAUGAUGUUUACCAAAAUUGCACGAGCACCAUAUUCAGUGUAAAGUUGUGUUCUACAUGUUUUAACUGAAAGUUAUUGAAAGUACCAGACAUACAUCACGUCAAUCUAUGUCUAUGUCAGACACAUCGAAGGAUUUCUAUGUGAAUAUAAAUAAAGGACAUCGAAUUGAACCUGUACUGUCUUUGGUACUAGAGUAGAGAACACA